ACUAAAAAGCUUUGUUUUGAAUGCGCGUAAGUUGUUCGUCUUUGUAAACGCGCUGGAUUAAACAUGCCCACUAUGAUGAUCAUAGCUCACCAUUGGUUUAUUAAUGGGAGUGGAUAGUUAUGGGAAAUUCUAAUUCGUCUAAUAAUGAUCAAAACAGUUGGAUCACGGUUACUCCUGUGAGUGUUUUUUUGGUGAAUUUAUCAUAUAAACAAAGCUGGUCAACUGUCGACAGCUUUGUUGUGUUAGACGUGACUACAUUUGGACACACGUCCAGAAUGUGUCAAUGGUAGACACUUUGAAUGGGGAUACACAAGGUUAUACUCACUACUCCAAUCAGAUGGUCUUUUUUGUCAGAUAUAUAGUUAUCUCAAUGUUUAUAGACUAGGCAUCUGUUUUCUUUAUAUAAAGUGCUACUUGCAUUUCCUCUCGCUUAGUUUGAUCCUCAUUUUAAAUGCGACCAUAAAUCUAAACUCUUGCUCAGGCACGUAAUACUUCCAGCUCUAGAUCUAAAUUUCGAAACUUUGUGAAGUCUUCUCAACCUAAGCAACCAAAAUGGAAGGAAUAAAAGCGAGCUUUGAAGAAAAACUGGGUUAAUUCCCUUAGAAAGUCGGUGCAAAUAUAAGUGACUGGACACUAGUUUUUCAACGUUUACGUCAUUCCGGAGUUAAAAGUGCCAAUUUUCCUCCAUUAUGCUACAUUAAAGAAUGUCUCGAUAGUCUUUUUUUCCCAAAAAUCGACAGACCAGUCAUCAGCUGCUUUAGUACUUAAGAAUAUCUGUGACCCGACAGGACAGUCAAAUUUUCUACGCACUCGACAUAAAAGAGUGAUUUAUAUGAGGACAAUUUAUUACCGCGUUAAACAUAAGUAGUUGCUAAUGUUAUUUGCAUACAGGUGACAGUUGAGUAUCAACGCUGUAGCUGACAAAUGAUUAUUUUUAAUCAUACUCUAAAAUAUGUAUAUAAUGCGAGGUUUACCAAACGUAUAGGCCUUAGUUCAGAAGAAAUACUGAUGUGUACUAUUAUUUGUCUGCUAUAUUUAGUUCAUUUACAUGCACUGGAUGCAAUUGAGAACGUAACUGUAAUGUCAUUUCGCACAUAACUUAAAAUUACUCGAAAUGUACCUGGGAUUCUCAUCCACCAAAUAAUUCUGUGAUAGUUGUGGCAGACUUUAUUUAUUUAUUUAAUCACAUACAUAUUGGUACAAAGGGCACCGGAUACAUAUGCGCAUACAUAUGUGGCAGACUAAGAGUUUUCUAUACGAAAUGGCUAAAAUGCCUAGUCAAACUGCAUUUACUCCAUACUUUAAUCUCAGGAGAUCUAAUUUUAGUAAAGAGUGGGCCUAUGUCUUGUUCGAGGUGCUUCUGGAUAAAUGUGCCAUCCAUACAUGAAUAAGCAUCUAGCUAGUUUUGUCCAGAUCAUAUGGCUACAUUUCUCAUAUUUUAGCCUUAUCCUAAUGGCUCUUCCCAGAGUUUUACCUUCAGUGAAGAUUAGACAAAUAUUUGGUCCCGUGGAUUAUUCACUGAGUUAACUAAAUUAAGUCGCAAAGUGCUAUAAGUGAUCAAGUCUUGACACCAGUUAAUGAAGUCACCAGAUGCUAGUUAGUGUGUAUUUUUUGUCGUACGAUGAAUACUCAAUCGACCUAACAUAUUUAAAGUUACAGUUAUUAAAAUUCUACAAGCUCUAGCUCUAAAGAAUGCCAUUGCAUUAGCAUGAUUACUAACUACCAUUAGGUCUAUUUACUUCAUUAUACCACCUGUUUAGUCUUUCUGUCUGAUUCUUAUUGGGCCGUAAAUUAUGUAACAUCCAUAGGAGACAAUUAAUACAACACAAAAGCGUUCAUGCAACAAAAAUGAUUUAGUUAGCAUCAUUCUGAGUCCUGAAAAUUAUUCUUUCUUGUUCCUCGUAACUUCAACCGAAACCCAUGGGUUUAUCACGCAGUCAGCAUUAUAGAUGAGAAAAUGCCCUACAGUACUGAUUUCCAAAGUAAACAUAAAUAUGUUUUUACUGAGUGUUCUUUUAUAUUUAUUUUUAACCUAAGAAUGACGCUUCUGCGCCUAUGUUUGAACCAUCACUUCGGUCUGUAGUAGAAAGACGACCUAUUUUCCCCUCUAAAAAUUCGCUCAAUAAUGGUCAAGCAUCCAAUUCUAUGCUUCCAGCAGCGAUAGCACCAGAUUCUUCACAAAGCUUUGAUCAGAUACGCUACCAACCCUGUAAUGCUAAUUAUGUUUCCGAUGUAGUUCAGCAGAUCAAGGGAGCGAAACGGACAAAUGAUUUCGUAGGUGUUCCAGUGACUAUUGGAGAUAAAUUGUCUAUUGGAAAUUCAUCAUGUCUACCUAACACUCAUCAGUCAACGAACUUCUCACCAACUCAACAGCCUGCUAACUUCCUAAACAAUUCAGUUGCACAUAUGCGAAAUAAUCCAUCACAUAAUUCACCCCAGAUACCUACAGAAGGGCAGUUUGUUGCUUUGCAUGAUUAUGUUAAACGUGUAGAUGAUGAUUUGAAUAUGACCAAAGGACAAAUAUUCAAUGUACUCGAUAAUUCACACUGUGAUUGGUGGUAUGCGGAAUGUGUAUCUACUGGUAAUCGAGGAUAUGUACCCAAAAAUCAUUUAGCAGCUGUUACCAGUUUGGAAUCCAAUGAAUGGUAUUUUGGAGAAUUGAAACGUAUUGAAGCUGAACAUUAUCUUCAACUCCCGGGAAAUGAUCAUGGCUCUUUUUUGGUUCGAAUCAGUGAAUCUCAAUCCAGUGAAUAUUCUUUAUCAGUACGAGAAGAGAAUACUGUCAAGCAUUAUCGUAUUCGAUCAAGAUAUUCACGAACUGAUCCUACAUUAAAACGUUUCUACAUUUCAAGACAAUUGCCUUUUGUGAAUAUUCAACAGCUAGUCAAUCAUUAUUUGGAGAAUCAAUCUGGUUUAUGUUGUCGAUUGGGAAAACCGUGUAUUCGACCAACUCAUCCAGAACCUGUGGGUCUUUCACACAAACUCAUUGAUAAAUGGGAAAUUCCAAAAUCUUCAAUUAUUUUGAAAGAAAAAAUUGGACAAGGUCAAUUCGGCGAAGUAUUUAAAGCUGUAUGGAAUAAAACAACCAUUGUUGCUGUGAAAACGCUUAAGCCAAGUUCUUGUGAUGCUGCUGAUUUUCUUCGUGAAGCUCAAACAAUGAAACGUUUACAUCAUCCCAAUCUGAUACAAUUGUACGCUGUUUGUACACAGACAGAACCUUUCUAUAUUGUUACAGAAUAUAUGUCAAAAGGUUCUUUAUUAAACUACUUACAAUCUCCCGAAGGUCAUGCACUAGAUAUGCAAUGUUUAAUUAUGAUGGCUGCUAAAAUAGCUUCUGGUAUGGCAUAUCUUGAAUCUAGGCGUCAUAUUCAUCGAGAUUUAGCUGCUAGAAAUGUUCUAGUUGGUGAACAACAUGCUGUGAAAAUAGCAGAUUUCGGUCUUGCUCGUAUGAUUCAUAACAGAGAAUAUGUAGCACAUGCAGGAGCUAGAUUCCCUAUAAAAUGGACAUCGCCUGAAGCAGCUAAUUAUUCACGUUUUACCAUAAAGUCUGACGUGUGGUCUUUUGGUAUUCUGUUGACUGAAAUUGUCACAUAUGGUCGUUCCCCUUACCCAGGAAUGCAUAAUGCAGAAGUGCUCAGACAAGUGGAUGCUGGAUACCGCAUGUCGAAACCACCCGGUUGCCCACCAGAACUAUACGAUCUUAUGCUAGAAUGUUGGGCAGCUGAUGAAAAUAAACGACCAUCUUUUGCAACAAUUCACUUUCGUUUGGAACAGUUCUGUGAAGAUGAGCAACCAGCUUACAGAAAUGCAAAUACCAACAUCCAUAGUCAUCCUAAUGGAAGUUCAAUGGUAGUUUUGCAGAAUAAACAAAAUCCCUCCUCUGGAGCCUACCACAACCACAUCGAGAUUUCCGUAUCACCAUAACUUUUAGAUUCUUGGUAUAGUGACAAGUCAAUUUCUGAUUUUAAUGAUAAUGACCGCGGUGAUCCGGCACCAACUCCAUCAAAUCAUGUAAAUUCAAUUCCAUCUACCUGUAAAUAUGAAUACCAAAUAUUGAUUUUCAAGUAUAGGGACUAUAUGUAUGACAGACUAGUCAUGAAAAUCGGAACCAACUUAACAGCUUCCGCUCAAACCAAUAUGUACUUCUAUUUGUUGAUAGUUCUUUUUAAUUAUUAUAGAAAUUAUUUUGUACCACUUUAUCUUUAUCCUUCCCUUAUCUAACGAAUUGUCAACUUUUUCUUUGGCCAUUUGCUUGUUCUCUAUGCUGAAGCCUAGGUUUUUUUACUCAGUCUCUUCUAUGAAUAAAUCAGUAUUGCGAUCCUUC